GCCACUCGCCGCCGAGCAACCAGUGCCGUGUUUGCUCUCGGGGAGGAAACUUGUGUCGCCGACGAUUUGAGCUUUUACGCACGUGUUCAUUCGUUCCUCGUCUCACGCUAACAUGUCUAUUCCGCGGCUCGCGGGUUUAUGUCACGACAUUAAAUGUAACAAGUUAAACAAACGGCAUUCGGUCAUUAAAAAUUAUUCAUAAUAGCGAAGUGUUCACGAUGCUGUACUAUUGACGAGAUGCUGUGCGGUUUACCGUUGGACUGUGGUCGGUGAGCGCGAUCCGGCCGAGUGAUGUUCGGGACGGUAACUCUGGCCGUGGUGAGCGUGUGGUGGACGGCGGCCGGGGGAGUGCAACCACCACUACUGGACGUACCUUUCUGCUGUCCGGUCGGCCAAGAAUUGGGACAGGAGGUUUUGUUAACACAAGUGCUGUCGCCUGUAGAUGCUAUCAAAUCGUGCCAGAAUGUCGACGGAAGGAUCCCCUGGACGCCUCGCAUCUAUGCACCGGCGAGAGGAUCGUUCAUGGUGCGGCUGCCGGCUCACUGGCACCUAGCGUACGGGGUCGUGCCCGACUGCGAGAAGGUGCGCGUGCUGCCCGAGCAUGCGGCGCCGUACGCGCUCCUCGCCAACAACGGCUCGCUGUGGCUGCGUAGUGCGGCUCUCGCACUCUCCACCAAAGUCUACUGCGCCGAUGCGACCGCUGCGCUCGUUUGCCUCGACUACGCUCCCCAUCUGCCGUCCAAAUGUUGUCCAGGAAACAGGACGUUCGAUGGAAUCAGAUGCAUCGAUGACGAGCGCCGCGCGGCGGAGACCCUGGCCGAGUUGAGAGUCCUGGCUAACGGCACCGCGGUGGGGAGCGGGUGGCCGGCGUGCUCGGAAGGUUUACGUUAUGCGGUAGCGGGAGCACUACGAGGGGCGACCCUGGACACGGAAGGAGGCCUUCAGCUAGCGCAAGGAGAAACUCUGGCAGCGGGAGCAUGGUGUGCGGAAGCCGUGGCUGACGAGGAGGAAUCGAGAAUACUGGCGUGCGAAGCGGCGGCGCGGGCCACUCGGCCGUCGCAGGCGACGCGGCACGCGCUGUACGGCGCCGGGCUGGCCGUGGGCGCGGCGUUCCUGGCGGCGACCCUGGCCGCUGGCUUCGCGCUGCCGGCGGCGCACCACGCGCUGCACUGGCGCUGCCAGACACACUACGUGGCCGCGCUGAUGCUGGGUGACGUGCUGCUCGCCGCCACGCAGCUGGCCGGGGACAAAGUGCCUCCGACACUAUGUCGCGCUCUCGCGGUGUGUAUGCACUUCCUGUUCCUGUCGGCGUUCUUCUGGCUCAACACGAUGUGUUUCAACAUCUGGUGGACCUUUAGGGACUUCCGGCCGACGAGCCUGGAGCGCGGGCAGGAGGCGUGGCGGCUGCGCGUGUACAUGCUGUACGCGUGGGGCGGGCCCCUGGCGCUGGCGGGCGCGGCCGCGCUGCUCGACCAGCUGCCGCCCGGGGCCGGCGCCGCGCCCUUCCUGCGCCCGCGCUUCGCCGUCCAGCGCUGCUGGUUCUACGGCGACAUGGAGAUCCUCGUCUACUUCUUCGGGCCCGUGGGCGUGCUGCUGCUCGUCAAUUUGGCCCUGUUCAUAUCCACUACGCGACAGCUCACGUGCGGCCUGUGGCGGCGCGACGAAGUCAAAUCGACUUCGGAGAGGGCGGCGCUGGGCCGCGUGUGCGCCAAGUUGGUGGUGGUGAUGGGCGUGACGUGGGGCGCGGACGUGGUGUCGUGGGCGGCCGGCGGGCCCGACUACGUGUGGUACGCGACGGACCUGCUGAACGCGCUGCAGGGCGUGUUCAUAUUCCUGGUGGUGGGCUGCCAGCCGCACGCGUGGGCCGCGCUGCGGCGGUGCGCGGCGGCGCGCUGCUGCUGCGGGGGCGGCCGCGGGGGGGGCGGGCCCGCCGCGCGCGCCACGCACUCCUCCACGCACCUGCCGUCCUGCGGGGAGUCGCUCACGCACACCACCGCCGCGCCCGCAGCCCCCGCCGCCGCCGCCCCCGCCGCGCCCCCCGCCAUCCCCAUGGAGACCGUGUGCUGAGCAGUGUAGCCGCCCAGGCACAAGAUACAGCUUUAAUGUACUCUUCGUAUGUUAUACGUGUAUUUAUUCUACAGUAUUAUUUUUGUAUUUGCGUCUAACGAUUACGAUUACAGUGUCGUAUGAUUGUGUGUAAACGGUAGAUAGUGGUCGUAUCUACGAGGACGAGGACGAGGACGGUGAGACCGUCCGUCGGUCGCUAUGAGAGGCUCUACUGAUCGUUUGUUGUGUUCGUGAAGCGACAUCGUGUGCUCCGGUGAAACAAAUUGUGUAAUUAAUUAGUGACUAAGUACUGUAAGUAGUGGCGCACGCUCCGCGAGUACUCCGUCUAGAUGUCGACCAGAUGUUCGCUCUUGCCCGUUCGAUUGGCUGUUAAAUAAAAUUUUAUG